UUCGGCAGCCGACUGCGGCGGAGAGAGCCGGCAGUCUGAGCUCACACAGCAAGCAGCAGCAGCGGCACAGCAGCGGCACAGCAGCUCCGCUUGCGACUGAGUGCGAGCGUUCACACAACUCACCAUCUCCCCUCCCGCAGUCUCUAACCAACCCUUCCAGCGAGGAAGCUGAACUCUCUUAAUCAUCUCGGUCUCCUUGCAAGGUUGUCAUCUUAAGGUUUUACAAACCUUGACAGAAGGUUGGUCUCAUUCACACCAUUUCUCAGCCAUGAGCCUUGGAUGCACCUGGAUCCAUGUGGCCAUCUUAAUUGGCCUGACUCACCAGUCGACUUGCAGGAUUUUGCAUAAUGCUUCGCAUUUUGAAAGUUUGCUUCAGUCCAUCCAUUCCAGGAGCAAGCGAGCCAUCACCCUGGUCGACAAAGAAGAUAUUUUGCAGCUACACAACCACCUGCGGGGACAGGUCAGCCCCUCAUCUUCCAACAUGGAGUACAUGGAGUGGGACAAAGAGUUGGAGCAGUCAGCAGAAAGAUGGGCCAAGCAGUGUAUAUGGGAUCAUGGCCCUUCUCAUUUACUCAAGUCUAUAGGCCAGAAUCUGGCAGUACACACGGGAAGAUAUGUGUCUCCAGCAGCGCAAGUGCAGACAUGGUAUGAUGAAGCCAAAGAUUACACCUACCCAUACCCACAUGAGUGCAGGCCUUGGUGUCCAGAAAGAUGUUCUGGCACAAUGUGCACCCAUUACACUCAACUGGUAUGGGCAACAACAAACCGAGUUGGCUGUGCUGUCCAUGUUUGCCCAAGAAUGAACGUGUGGGGAUCAAUCUGGCAGAACGCUGUCUAUUUAGUGUGCAAUUAUUCGCCAAAGGGCAAUUGGAUUGGGGACGCUCCAUACAAGCCUGGUCGCCCAUGUUCAGAGUGCCCACCCAGCUAUGGUGGUCGUUGCAGGGAUAACCUCUGCGACAAAGGCAAUACUGUGAAAAGACCACAGCCGAAACAUAUGAAUGAAAUUGAGCUUCCCACGGACCAUGGGUUAAAUCCUUGGGUGGAGCAACAAAAGCCGCCAUCUCGUCCACAUUCAAAGAAGACAUCUCGCACCCACAAAAUGAUGACUCAAACCAUCACAUGUGAAAUGAAAAUGAGAGACAAAUGCAAAGGGACAACUUGCAACAGGUAUAAGUGCCCGGUUAAUUGCAAAUCUUCAACUGCUAAAGUAAUUGGAACAAUCUAUUAUGAAGCGCAAUCUAGCAUUUGUCGGGCUGCAAUACACCAAGGAAUAUUUAAGAAUGAAGACGGAGGACUUGUGGAUAUCACCCGGACAGGAAAAGUCCCAUUCUUUGUCAAGUCCACCAGAAAGCACAUUCGAUCCAUAAGCAAGUUCAAGGAAGCCAAUGGAUUUAUUUCGGAAGUGACCACCCAGUCAGUUGAUUUACAUGCAACGGCUGACCAGCUUUGUCCGUAUCAGGGACUGAUUACUUUGAUUUAUAGGAUUAAUUGCCCACCGAAAUGUUUGGAGGAGUUUCCCUUCUGGGCGCGAGUCAUUGGCAACGUGAUUUAUUCUGACAGAUCCAGUAUCUGUCGAACAGCGGUGCAUGCCGGUGUUAUUAAGAACCACAUUGGAGGACUAGUGGAUGUGAUGCCAGUGGAGAAAAAGAACCGAUAUAAGGGGACCUCUGAGAACGGAAUUAUGUCGGAGAGUUUAAAAAAUCCCCCUAAUGGAAAAGCCUUCAAAGUAUUUGCAGUGGCAUGAGUGAGAAAUGAACUCUGGCAGAACUAUUCUGGAAGCAACUAAAGUAACUAAACUGGGCGCACGUAACAGCAGUGAACAUGUUCAUCACACGAAGAAUUGAACCCAUCCUCGGACUACAAACCUUGCAUCUCAUUUGCUGAUGAAAAGUGGACUCUGGUUCGAAUAUUCCUCUCGUUAUUGUACAUAAUAAAUUUAAUAUUUUGUUUAAAAGCAGAAAUAUAGUUAUUUACAGCUGUGCUGCUAAAUUAUAUGGCUCAAUAUUAAUAUAGUUAAGUAUUUACUCCUAGUUUGAUCUUCAUAUCAGUGCAAAUGAUUUUCAUUGAAAAUGAUGGGUGCAUUGCUCCUGUAUGAUUAUUUGCAUUGCGGUCAAUGAGCAAAGUACCAUGCGUGCACAUUGCAGGUGACAAAUCCUGGAGGCCAGUCAAGGCAGGGCCUUCGGCCUUCAUGAUGCUUUCAAUACCAUGGUAGCUUUAUCUUUCAUCCAGAGGUAUACAUAAUAAAUUUGGUGGACGUGCAGGCUACCAAAUAUUAACAUUAAAGCUGCUUUCAAUUGCACAACAAUAAUAAAACUGGCAGUGUGCGUGGAAGUACACUUGGAACCUCUAGGGCUAAUAAUGCAAAAUUUAGCUUGAUCAUUUGAGGUUCCAAAUGUUCAUUUUGUGCUAGUAGAUUAUUCUCCCAUGGGUCUGUUGCAUUCUAAUAUGUGCAAACCCAUUUCCUCAUUCCCCGCAUAAGUGGAUUUCUUGUCCAUAAUCUUCUCUCCCUCUGCACCAAUUGUCCAUUGGCACACACUUGCACCUGACAGGAGUAAGGUUAAAAUGAAAAACAGAAGGUGCACGACUUGAGGUAAAAAUAAGGAAUUUGGAUGCUUUGGCGAACGAGGAAUGAGGUGCAUUUGUGUGGAUGUGGUGCCUCAUUGACUGGGGCUUUGUAAGUGUCUUGUGGCUGUGUCACUCAUGUAAAUACCAGCUCGAAUUAAUGGAAGACCACACACAGCUGUGCAUUUCACCCUCAUCCAUCUAAUGUUCUGCAAAUAAACUAGACCUUGGUAAAAAUUGUUCAUUUCACCACAAUACCGUCAUAAUCCCCUCUUUAUUCAGUUGCCCUCAGUGCUUGUCAGAAGCUUUGUAUUUAUUUGGUCAGAGUACUCUUUUGCUCCAUUAUUGGGAGCACGUGACCCCUGUCAUACUGUUUUCCUUCUAUCAAUCGUUAGUUAUUGACGACCUUAUGAACUUAAUGGUUUCAGUGCGUUCAUACAGUGAAUGGCUGAAGGAUUCAGAAUGAGGUGAAAAUAAAGAGAACUUUGUUGUGAAAGUUCUUAAUUGCAUAGUAAUUGAUCAGCCAAAGUGUGGUGGUAUAGGAGUGACAAACAAAGGUAAGAUUUAAAGAAACAGUGAUUCAGAUGAGAGGUUCCCAAACUAUUUUUUAUGGCAUACCUGCUUUCAAAUUUACCAUAGAAUAUGGAGCUGUACAGCACAGGAAACGGGACCUCUGGCCCCCAAUGUCUGUGCUGAGCAUGAAACUGUUCAGCUGUUUAAAAGUGCCUUUACCAUCAUGUUUUAUAUUUUAACUGGAUGAAUGACAUUUUAAAUAAAUUUAAAUAAACGUCGAAGUGCCUCAAAGUUUUCCACAUGAGGACACAGUACCACAUCUAUGUUUUAAAAUAUGUCUAACAUUUUGUAUUUUAACAAAGAGCUAACAAGCCAAGAAGUAGGUUUAGCGUUAAAUCAGUCUUUCCUCAAUUUUCCUCUCCUCCCAUGCUCACCCUGCGCGCUCUUCUUGAUUGCAUGGGUAGGCUCACAGUUUGGGAACCCCAGGAUUCAUGCAUUAGAUUCACCACUUUAGGAUUAGUUUCAGAUUUAUUUUGUUAGCUCUUCACAAAAACAAAAAGUUCUUUAUUUCUUUCAACUGGUAUCUUGCAAACUGUCAGAAUGAAUAUCUGCAUGUGCAAAUUCUGAUGAUCUUAAAUGUAAUAUAUUGCGUCGGGCAACAGGGGUAAGGAUAGCUGUUCAACCACUUUGAUUUUUGUUACUGCAUUACAUUGUAUAUUUUUUCAUAUAUAUGUAUAAAACUAAAUAGACUUACAAGCCUCCAACUUCUUUAAUAAUUUUAUAAAAUUGUGUGCAUGACUUAACAAUAAAAUGUUCCUUUUCUCUCAGAUUACCUGGUGUAUCUUUGUUUGGACUUGUACAUUUAUAAACUUCCACUGUCAAUUGAUAUUUAACUACAUGGAAAUAUGUGUUGGCUGCAAAAUGAUCAGAUGGGGUAAACAAGACUGAAAUGUAUAUUAUGCAAUUAAAAAGAGCUUGGAAGGGAGAUUAAAAUCUUUGGUCAUCUAAA